UUGCUCUUCGCGGAGCCUGUGAGAGAAGUAAAGCACGCCUCCCGGGAAGAGGUAGCGCUUCAGUCUACGAGAGCUAUGGAAGGAAUAGGCUAGGUUUAUUAUGUAUAUUCAUUCAAAUUUUCUACAAAAAAUAUUUAUCGAUAUCAUGUUCGACCUUUACGCAAUUAUCUAGAGCUGAAGUUUACAUGUAACAAAUUUAACUGGGCUAAUAUUCGGAGAAAGCUGCAAUGGAUAUAGUUAAUUGAAUGGGAGUCCUGAGAAAGCGACUUCUGAAGCUCUUUGAGCCAGAAUGUAGACUAUUUUCUUCUGAACUGCACAUCAGUGCUUGGUAAUGAUACAGGACGUUUCCGAAUACGCGCCUUUGCAUCCGAAAUCUCAAACCUGCUAUUUCCAUUUCUCAAAGUGACGGACUUUUUAACUCAAAUCCAAAUCCGCGAUUUUGAAGUGGAGGAGCACAUUUUUCAUGUUAAGGGGCUUCCGUGACUACAUUCAGGAUUUCAUUCGAGCGUAAAACCUCUGUAAGUCUCCAUCCUGUUUGUGGCUGGAAGAAACUCUUGUGAUAAUAUAUUCCUCAUCAUUUCUGAUACAUUUAGCUAUUAGUCUGUAAAGGGCAUAGAUUUCACAUUCUUUUGCAAAGUUUUUCUUCAGAAGUAGUUGUGUCAUACCUCUCUCAGAAAUGGCUUUACCAGACAAUUCUAGUGGUGUUCCAGAGGGGCUUCCUUUUCCAGAGAUAAUUGAAUUAAAUGUUGGUGGACAGGUGUACAUAACACGCUAUUCUACCCUCACUAGUGUGCCAGACUCCCGCUUAUGGGAAAUGUUCAGCCAGAAAAGCCCUGCAGGCUUGGCUCGUGACACAAAGGGUCGUUUUUUUGUUGACCGUGAUGGCUUCCUAUUUCGUUACAUAUUGGACUACAUGCGGGACCAGCAGCUUGUCCUACCAGACCACUUCCCUGAGCGAGGGAGACUACAGCGAGAGGCAGAGUUCUUUAAUCUCCCAGAACUUGUCAAGCUGCUGGCCCCAAAGAUCAGCAAGCAGAACUCUCUGGGUGAAGAGGGCUGCCAGAGUGACCCUGAGGACUCAUCGCCCAGCACAGAUGCCACCCAUAGCCUGGCAACCCUGGGUGCGGCAGCUGCUGCCUGCUCCACCCUUGGGUCUGGCGGGGUUGAUGGCAAGCGCUCUGGCUUCAUCACAAUUGGCUACCGAGGCUCCUACACACUGGGCCGUGACAGCCAAACAGAUGCCAAGUUCCGGCGCGUGGCUCGGAUCAUGGUGUGUGGAAAGACCUCCCUUGCCAAGGAGGUCUUCGGCGAAACCCUGAACGAGAGUCGCGACCCUGACCGCCCACCAGAGCGCUACACAUCUAGGUACUACCUGAAGUUUACGUUUCUCGAGCAGGCAUUCGACAAGCUAGCUGAUGCAGGCUUCCAUAUGGUAGCCUGCAAUUCGACGGGGACCUGCGCCUUUGCCCACGACCAGACAGAUGACAAGAUUUGGACCAGCUACACAGAAUACGUGUUCUACCGUGAGUGAGCUCAGAUACCUGCUCCUAUGCGUCCUUCCAGCCUUCCACCUCUCUCCAACAUGGCACCUGUCGCAUUAGCUGUAGAUGCUUCUAAAUCACCACCCCAGAAACCACCAUUUAGACUCUUUCCCUCAAACCCAUGAUGCCUUGUACUUACAACUACCCCCCUCUUCAAGCUACGUACCCUCUUCCAACUGCAAACCUCUCCCAGUUCUUGUGUAACCAUCUCUAGCAUUUCUGGCCUUUGUGAAGUAGUGUUGUACUGUUGAGUUUAUUUAGUGCUGUUGCUGUUCAGCUGUCCAAAGCAGCAAAACGGCCAACUGAAAGGGCUUGGAAGAGCUUUCUGUAUCCAUGACUUCCUGUAUCCAUGACUUCCUGUAUCUUCAAUUUGGCAUCAGACUUGCAUGACAGCAUUCUUCUUAUCUGUCAACCAAAUAGCUGGACUUUUAAAGCUUUCUAGGGUACUGGCCAUCUCUUAAGAAAAACAUAUGUGUUCAGUAAAGUAAAUGUAAAGCAACAUGUUGAAAGGUUUUUUGGGACCAAACCAUUGGGAAACCAGCAAGCUGAUGCCAUAGCCAUCUCAACCAUACAGUAAAUCUCAUUUAACUGAUUGAGAGCCAUGGAAUUGCACAUGAACAAACAACAGUGAUCACUAGGACAGCAGGAAACUGAUAGAAGCCCUGCGGGUUUGUUAGUGAGCCAUUUUAGCAAGACGUAAACCUUGUGUCUUGUUUACAGUACUACUGACCAACAGAUAGUGUUAAAGCGGAAGAAAAUUUGCCUUUUUGCCAAAGCAAAGCAGGAGGCAAUGGAAGGCACAAAAAUAAAAGGAUUAAGAAGUCACCUGAAAUCUGCUCAGAAGGAAAGCCUGGUGAGAUGUAUUGAUAGUGACAUGAAGCGUUCAGUAUUCCAGUCCCCUACGGUGUAAGAGUGUUGUUAAUGUGUUACCUCACACAAAAAAGGUUUUUUUCUUUUAAUUUUUACAUCUUGUUUCCAACUAGAACCUCUCACAGGCCAUUUAGAGAAAGAUGAAACUUUGUUUAUAAUGGUUGUAUAACCUUAUUUGAUUUAUGUCAAAUCAGUGUUUAGUGACAAUAAAUAAGGUUUAUUUUUGUGAGAGUAAAUAUUACUUUCGUGUGAACAAUGUUUGAAAAGUUCAGCUACUGUGAACCCUCAUGUUAGCAAUUUGCCAAACAUUACAAAGAGUACAACAAAUGGGUGUAAUGUGUGGAACACCUGGAAAACAAACAAACAAAAGAAAUUGAGAAUAGAUGAAGGAGAAAUUAUCAGGUACACCCUCAGGACAUCCAUGAAUUUGCACAGCAGCUGUUACCUCAGAUCUUAAGGACGGAAUUGUACAAACCAUUAAUGCAAAAUUAUUGACACAGCUCUUAGAAUACAUAUUUUUCCAUUAAAUUCCCUCCCCAGCUGUAA